GGCGCGGGUGGCAGCAUGGCGGCAGGCGUGGCGGCGUGGCUGCCGCUGGCCCGCGCGGCGGCCGUCGGGUGGAUGCCGGUGGCCGGCGCCCCCAUGCCGCCGCCCCCCCGGGACAAGCCCAAAGGGCGGGACGCCCUGCUGCUGCUCAACGUGAGCGGCAGCCGCUUCCAGACGUGGCGCAGCACGCUGGAGCGCUACCCGGACACGCUGCUGGGCAGCAGCGAGAAGGACUUUUUCUUCCACGAGGAGAGCCGCGAGUACUUCUUUGACCGCGACCCGGACAUUUUCCGCCACAUCCUCAAUUUCUACCGCACGGGCAAGCUGCACUACCCGCGCCAGGAGUGCAUCUCGGCCUACGACGAGGAGCUGGCCUUCUUCGGCAUCAUCCCGGAGAUCAUCGGCGACUGCUGCUACGAGGAGUACAAGGACCGGCGGCGGGAGAACGCCGAGCGGCUGCAGGACGACGAGGAGAUGGAUGGGGGCGGGAGUGGGGGGGGGGAGGCGCCGCCCCUCAAGCUGACGGCGCGGGAGUACCUGUGGCGCGCCUUUGAGAACCCGCACACCAGCACCCUGGCGCUGGUCUUCUACUACGUGACGGGCUUCUUCAUCGCCGUGUCGGUCAUGGCCAACGUGGCGGAGACGGUGCCCUGCGGCGGCGGCGGCGGCCCCCGCGGUCACGGCAACAACGGGCAGGGGGGGCUGUCGUGCGGCGACCGCUACGCGCUGGCCUUCUUCUGCCUGGACACGGCCUGCGUGAUGAUCUUCACCGCCGAGUACCUGCUGCGGCUGGCGGCGGCCCCCAGCCGCUUCAAGUUCGCCAAGAGCGUGAUGAGCGUCAUCGACGUGGUGGCCAUCAUGCCCUACUACAUCGGCCUGGUCGUGAGCGACAACGACCAGGUGAGCGGCGCCUUCGUCACGCUGCGCGUCUUCCGCGUCUUCCGCAUCUUCAAGUUCUCCCGCCACUCGGCCGGCCUGCGCAUCCUGGGCUACACGCUCAAGAGCUGCGCCUCCGAGCUGGGCUUCCUGCUCUUCUCGCUCACCAUGGCCAUCAUCAUCUUCGCCACCGUCAUGUUCUACGCCGAGAAGGGCUCGGCCGCCAGCAAGUUCACCAGCAUCCCCGCCGCCUUCUGGUACACCAUCGUCACCAUGACCACGCUCGGGUACGGCGACAUGGUGCCCAAGACCAUCGUGGGGAAGGUGUUUGGCUCCAUCUGCUCGCUGAGCGGCGUGCUGGUCAUCGCCUUGCCCGUGCCCGUCAUCGUGUCCAACUUCAGCCGCAUCUACCACCAGAGCCAGAGGGCGGAGAAGCGACGAGCACAGAGGAAAACUCGUCUCGCUCGAAUCCGCGCCGCCAAGAUUCGGGGCACCGCCGCCUUUAUGCGCUUCAAACAAAACGGGCUCCCCAUCGACUCGCUGGAGGAGGCCUGCAAGGAGGCCGGACAGGCCCUGGUGGCCAAGUCCGCCGGCCCCCCUUUCGAGAGCCAGCACCACCACCUGCUGCACUGCCUGGAGAAGACCACGAACCACGAGUUUGUGGACGAGCAGACGUUCCAGGCCAACUGCACGGAGAUCUCGCUGAAAAGGUCGGGCUCCCGCACCUCGUCGCCGUCGUCGUCGUCGUCGCCGCCGUCACCGUCGCCGCCGCGCGGCCUGGGCUCGUGCUGCUCGCGGCGCCACCGGAAGAAGAACGGCUUCGGCCUGCCCGGCGCCAACAACCAGGAGCUGAGCACCAUCCGCAUCCCCGAGAGGCCCGUGGCCAACAGCCGCUCCAGCCUCAACGCCAAACUGGACGAGACCGUGCCCUUGAAAUGCGACGACGCUUUCGGCGGCCCCCGCGCGGUCUGCCUGGCCGCCCCGCAGGAGGGCGACGGCUCGGCCCCGGCGUACUCUCGGAGCAACAUUGUGCGAGUCUCGGCCUUGUAGGCGCCCCCCCCCUCCUCGGCCCCGACCUCGACACCCCCGUGCUCAAGGAGACGACGGGACCAGCGAGCAUGAACCUGCCAUCCGUCACCCCGGAGGAAUUUGUUUCCGAGCGGUGAUCUGAUCUGAUGUCAAACUGUCUCUGCAUGGGUUUUCUUUUAUUAGUAGUUGGGGGGGGGGGUAGAGUCAGCGUGGACGACGCCGACAGUGACCAGCACAUCUUGUCCCACGCAGCACAACACAUUGUUGCCACCACAUAUGGAGAAAUUCUUGAUUUUGGAAUGUCUUUUUCUUUUCUGGGGGUGGGGGGGGGGUCCUUUGAUGACAAAGCACAGCGCACUCAUUGAAUUCCCUCCAUUCGUCAUCCAUAGCGGUAGCUUGACUUACAAGCGAUGAGAUUUUUUUGCUUAGUUUUUUCUUGCUUUGUGUGGGCCGAGACUCGAUUGUGACUAGAUGAUAAGCGUCAGCGUUCAAGUGACACAUCCAAAAAAAAACAAAAAAACCCCCCGCAUGCUUUCCCCUCAUUGAACACGAUUUUAGAUUGAGAGCAAAACUCGGAUAUUUCAAUCAUCGCGUGUCGUGUUAAGUUGAAAGAAUCUUCUUUUGCGCGCCACCGCGUUCCAUCACCGGCGAGCUCCUCGUCGAAGGGAGCCACGCGCCACUCGCGUUGCCUAAGAGGACAUUUUGCAUCCUUGGCCGACAGACUGUGGGGAGGCGGCAAACAUUUUGCCAUUUAAAUGGCCAACGGCGCCCCGUUUUUUGCGAGUAGCACAAAAAAAAAAGCGGCCGGCGAGCCUUUGGAAGCAGCUGGAAAGAGAUGGCGGGACUCGCUGGAUGUCACCAUUUUGUAGACUUUUUCGCGUUGUAAAUAUGGCCGGGACUCGAGCGAUCGGGAGGUUGGAUCCUCUUCUUUCUAGAUAGCGUUUGCUCCGCACCGCGGUCGGCCUUCCCUUUUUUUGUCCGUCCUCGCGCUCGGAUGAAGCAUACCUGCAUGCCGUCAUUGCAAAAUUCUGUUGGAUUAAAGUUUGUCUGCGCUUCC